AUGGCGGCUCGGAAUCCUCGUGGUGCUAAUGCGGCUCCAAUUCCUCCAAUGGAGGAUAGCUCGAGCCCGUAUUACCUCCAUCCAAGUGAUAACCCAAGUUUUCAGCUAGUUCCUCACGUUCUAAUCGGCUCCAAUUACAUCAAUUGGAGUAGAUCCGUUACCACAACUCUUUUGGCGAAGAAUAAGAUCGCCUUCGUCAAUGGCACUCUUCCUCGGCCGACUGAGGACGAUUGGUUGUUUUCAGCAUGGCUUAGAUGCAACAAUAUGGUUGUAUCAUGGCUGAGAAAUUCCAUUUCAGCUCAGAUCUGCUCGAGCAUCAUGUAUAUUGAUAAUGCACAUGAGAUCUGGUCCGAUCUACGUGAUCGCUUUUCUCAAUUGGACACAGCUAGAGUUUAUCAACUGCGGCAGAAGAUAAUGUCACUCACGCAGGGGAAUGAAGAUGUUAACACAUACUUCACUAAUCUGAGGAUACUCCGGGAUGAGUAUAGGCAUUCUCAGCCUAUCACUUGGUGCAUUUGUGUCAUUUGUCGAUGCAAUAGUGCAUCUAAAUGGAACAGCUAUCAGGAAGAAGAAUGCAGCAUGCAAUUUUUGAUCGGCCUCAACUCCAGUUUUUCACAGAUCCGAUCUAGCAUAUUGUCUAAGAUUCCAAUGCCUUCUUUAUCCAAGGUGUUCUCUCUUGUUUUGCAGGAGGAGAGGCAGCGCACAAUUGAUGGAAACUCAUCUUAUACAUCAGUUGUUACUCCUUCAGUGAGUGAACAACCAUACUCUGCCAAUGCUGCUCAGUCUUAUAACAGGAACAGGAUAUGCUCUCAUUGUGGUAAAACAAACCACACGGUGGAUAAAUAUUUUGUUCUACAUGGAUUUCCACCGAGUUUUGGCAAAGGCAAAGGAAAAUUUAAUGCUAAGGAUGGUGGAAGUUUCUCCAAAUCUGUCAAUUAUGUGGAGAACAGUUUUGAUGAAUGUGAGAAGAGUUCUAUUUCCACCAGUGUUGAUGUGCCAUCUCCUGAGCAAUGCCAGCAACUCAUUCAUCUACUGCAAACUCAGCUUGCUACAGCUGCUGCCACUCCCUCUCCACUACCUUCAGCCUCACCAAAUAAUCCUCCUACUACAAACUGUGCCUCAUUCACAGGGAGCUUCUCGGGCAACUGUGAUUGGGAGGGGUAG